AAAAAACGUAUUUACAGGAAAGAGAGGAGAGAAAAAGGCCAAAGGCUGUAGCUGCUUUGUUCGGAUAGUGGGAAGAUAACAUGGAGGAACGCAAAGUCAAGGAAAGUUAAAUGUAGCAGAGAGAGAGAGAGAAGAGAGAGAGACCCAUUAUAGUAUUAUUAUUUUUGGGCUGAAAAAUUCAAAGCAGAGCAUUUAUCUUCAUCAUCUCAUCUACUUCUAUAGAAGAGAAAAAAAUAAAGGUCCUCUCUUUUGCUGUUUCUGCUUUGGACCUGAAUAGUGAAAAGGCUUUUCUUUUCUCUUUCGUUGUUUGAGUGAGAUCCAACGAGAGAGAGGGGGAGAGAGGAGAGAAAGAGAGAUAAAGAGGAGAGAGAGAGAGAGAUAAGAUGGGAAAUUGCUUGGGCUCUCCAGCUGAUAACUUGGCCACACCAAGUACUACUGGCUAUCUCAGCAAUGGGAUAUCCCAGACGACGAGUAAUACGACAUCCUCAGGAAGCAGCAUCUCUCGGAACAGUAGAUUCUCUGUGGCGAGCUGUGAUGAGAAUUACCCAAAUGGGCAAAUUCUGCCCACGCCAAACUUGAGGAUUUUCUCUUUUGCGGAGCUGAAGACUGCUACCAAAAACUUCAGAGCUGAUACGGUGCUCGGCGAGGGAGGAUUUGGAAAAGUCUAUAAAGGCUGGCUUGAUGACAAAGGUCCCGGGAAAAGCGGAAACAGCAUGGUAAUCGCCGUCAAGAAGUUGAAUUCCGAGAGCUUGCAAGGAUUUGAGGAGUGGCAGUCAGAGGUUAAUUUCUUAGGCCGGCUUUCCCAUCCCAACCUUGUAAAGUUGUUGGGAUACUGUUGGGAGGAUAAAGAACUGUUGCUUGUAUACGAAUUCAUGCAAAAAGGCAGCUUGGAAAACCAUCUAUUUGGAAGGGGCUCUGUUGUUCAGCCGCUUUCAUGGGACUUGCGGCUUAAAAUUUCAAUUGGAGCAGCUCGAGGCCUGGCAUUCCUUCACACAUCAGAAAAGCAAGUUAUUUACAGAGAUUUUAAAGCUUCGAAUAUACUUCUUGAUGGGUCUUAUACUGCCAAGAUUUCGGACUUUGGCUUGGCUAAAAUGGGGCCUUCAGCUAGUCAAUCCCAUGUGACCACUCGGGUAAUGGGUACUUAUGGUUAUGCUGCUCCUGAGUAUGUUGCCACAGGGCAUUUGUAUGUAAAGAGCGACGUUUACGGAUUCGGUGUUGUUUUGGUUGAGAUCCUGACAGGCUUGCGAGCGCUUGAUACUAAUCGCCCCAGUGGGAAACAUAAUUUGGUCGAUUGGAUAAAACCAUACUUGUCAGAUAAAAGGAAGUUGAAAAAUAUUAUGGACUCUCGGUUGGAGGGUAAAUACCCGUCUAAAGCUGCAUCCCAUAUAGCUCACCUUGCACUAAAAUGCAUAGAAUCUGAACACAAGCAUCGACCCUCUAUGAAAGAGGUUGUCGAUACAUUGGAACGCAUUGAAGCUUCUAAUGAAAAGCCUAGGGAGCCGAGGAGUCGUUCCAUCCGUUCCACUCGGCCCACGGCUGUGCGUCGACAAGGCCAACAGCCCGUGCACCAUCAUUCCCCGCUUCACCCGAGGGUUGACGAAGGUAGAGCCUACCAACACACACCAAGAGUUAGGUAAAUCUUAAAUAGGACUGCUUGUCAAGAAAUGCAGGUGUUUGUGCCAAAUGACAUAAGCUGCUUUUAAGCAAGCAUUUUGCUCUUAUGAUCUCUUGAGAAAAUAUUCCCAUAUCUUCAUUUAUGUUCUUUUGUGGAGUUGGAAGUGAUAAUUAGUUUGUGAUUGUAAUCGUCUCCUGUGCUAAACAUGUGUCUUAAUCAGUGAAUCUGUAAUUACUUGAAUGGUUUUUAGUGACGUGACGUCUGCAUUCUGUUGAGAGACGGAAGUCAAUAAUGCAUUUGCCUUUGUUGUAGAGCAAUUAGCGGUCACACAAUUACGAUACUUAUUUCUUGCUUUUAAA